AUGAGGUUCCACACGGGCGAGAAGCCGUACAGCUGCUCUGUCUGCAGCAAGCUCUUCUCCCAGAGGCCCAACCUGAUCCGCCACAUGAGGUGUCACUCCGGAGAGAAACCCUUCGGCUGCUCCUUCUGCGACGCCAGCUUCGCUGUGCGCAGCGCCCUGGUGAACCACAUGAGGAUCCACACGGGCGAGAAGCCAUACGGCUGCGUGUACUGUGACAAGAGCUUCACGCAGAAGGGCGGCCUGAAGAAGCACAUGACCGUGCACACGGGGGAGAAGCCGUACCGCUGCCCCGCGUGCGACAAAAGCUUCUCCCAGAAGGCCAACCUGACCUACCACUUCUCGGUGCACACGGGGCAGAAGCAGUUCGGCUGCAGCGUCUGCAACAAGCGCUUCACGUGGCAGUCGCAGGUCAAAAGUCACAAGUGUGUCGGCGAGAGCAGCAGCAACUGA